CAGUCAUAAUGUAGCUAUUUUUUUAUAUAAAAAGGGGCACAAAGGACAUUUACAAAUCACAAGUAGACACCUUCUAGUCUUCUUCAGUUCGUUUUCAUAAAGAGUCUUUCGUAUGACCAAAGAGCCACUUGAUCCAAAUUGAAGGAUAAAAACUAGCUAGGGUUUCACAGUUGUUCAUUAUGAAGAAAAGACAGAUGGUAAUCAAGCAGAGAUCAAGAAACUCCAACACAUCUUCCUCUUGGACUACUACUUCUUCUUCUUCCUCUUCGUCGGCCAUCAGUAACGUCCGUUACGUGGAGUGCCAGAAGAAUCACGCUGCUAACAUCGGAGGUUACGCCGUCGACGGUUGCCGUGAGUUCAUGGCCGCCGGAGUUGAAGGAACCGUAGAUGCUUUGAGAUGCGCCGCUUGUGGUUGUCACCGGAAUUUUCACCGGAAGGAAGUUGAUACGGAGGUUGUUUGUGAGUAUUCUCCACCUAACGCUUGAUUUUUUUUUUCACAGGGUUUUUCCUUCUUUUUUUUUUUUUUCCUUUGGUUUGGAUUGAUCCAUUGAUUUUUAAAGAUGAUUUAUUUAGAGGAUAUGUGUAUAUGAAUAUUGAUGUGUAUAUCAACAGCUCACGUACCGCCCAUCUAUCUAUCUAUAUGUAUUUAUAAAAAUGGCUUGUUGGUUUGACAUAUUGUAUAGUUCUCUGUUGGUGUGAUGUAAACAAUAGUUUUUUUGAUUUCCAAACAAUAAGCCAGCUUCACGAUAUAAUGUUUGCGACCAUUUGCUGAUAUAAAUUAUUGGAUUGAAACUA